UGUGACCUUGGGCAAGUCACUUAACCCCUACUGCCUCACCCCCCCCCAAAAAAAGUUUUGAACCUUGAGUUUAUUUCUAUGCCUUAGGCUCUCAAUUUUUUUGUAAAAUGUGUAUUUUUGAGUUACUAACAUAUAAUAUUAUUAUUAUAAAACAUGGCCCCUUCCUUAAAUGAGUUUGCAAACUGAUGGGCUUAUAAUCUGUAUGUCAUUUAAGGAAAUGGAUCCUUUGACUUCAGGUGACUGUUAUAAAGUUUUUGCAGUGCUCUGUGUGGAAUGUGCUUCCCUGAAUGAACAGAUUUAUCCCUUAAAAAACUUCUCAUAAUAUGUGCUUCAGCCGAUGUGGAACCAGCAUGUAAUCAUUAAUGAGGGAAGAUCCCUCCUUCUAGCCUAAAGAAACCAGUAUGGUUUAUUGUAAGUAUACCAGGUUAGAGCUUCCGUAGAAGUGUUUUGACACUGGAGCUUGGGUGCUGCUGUUUGCAUUUCCCUGGAAUCAGUUUCUAAGGACUCCAUAUGAACCUGUUGGGUUCUUAAUAGUGAUUUCCCCAUAAUGACUUGAAGUGAUUGUUUCCUUGUGUUGUGGGAGUGAGUCUAGGGAGUGUGGAAGUGUUGAGCUCAGACAAGCUUCUCCUGGAAGGUGGGAAUGUGGAGCACACAGAGCAACAAGGUUUUCUUUUUCAUUCUUUCCUGAAAUGAUUUUAGUCUUUUAUGUUUAAAGCCAGAAAAAUUAGCGCAGAGUCAGGAUCAUGGCUUUAAAGCAGGCCCUAUAGCCAGGUCUGCCCAUUUCACAUGGCUAAGAAGUAGCAGAACUGGGAUUUGCACCCAGGUUUUUUGAUUCCAAAUUCCACUAUACUGUGUUUCUUCUUUUAUUUUAUAUCAGAUCUGACCAUUUAGAUGGGGCCGUAGGUUUGGAAUAUUUACAUUUGUCUGGACCCUGCUUUACUCCGCUUUCCAGCUUGCAGUAAUAAUGGCUAAUCAUAGCAACCACGACAAUACCGAGGUGAUAGUGAAAGAAGUCCUGGCUGGAGACAGUAUCCACAGUCUGCUCAGCAUCCUGGAUGUCAUCACCGGCCAUGCAGCUCCAUAUAAAACCGUCUCUGCCAGGGCAGUGAUACCAUCCACUAUUUUAAAGCUUCCAGCUGCUGCUUUCCAAGGUGUCUUUGAAAAAUACCCUGAGACCUUGGUGAGAGUAGUACAGAUCAUAAUGGUGCGGCUGCAGAGGGUGACCUUCCUGUCUUUACACAAUUACCUAGGGCUUACCACUGAACUCUUCAACCCUGAAAGUCAGGCUAUCCCUCUGGUGUCUUUGGCCAGUGUAACAGCCAACAAAAUGAAGAGGCAGAUGUCCUGUCCAGCAUCAGAUGAAGAACAACGAGGAGAAAAGGUUGAAAAGUCCCAAGAAGGCUCAGAACCAGAUUAUGUGAAGGGAAGCCAGGUAGAGAAUUAUGCACUUUUUGUGAAGCGGAGCUUCUCCAGUCCACUGCCUUCAAUGCAUGGAGAGAGUUUUGAUGAACUAGGAAAAUUCCAGGGGAUUGGACCUGACACACUGACACCUCAAGGCUGUUCCACUGACACUAAAUCUGACCUGGGGAUGGUAUAUGACAGGGCCAGACUUAGUCUUUCGGAUGAACCUCCCGUGAUCGCCAGUAAGGGAAGGAAAUCGGUAACAUUGGCAGAGAUCCCCUCUGCUGUAAUCCGUUACACGGAAGACAACACUGAGGGAACUAUCACUAGCCAGAGGACAGAUGCCAUCUUCAAAGCGGCCAAGAAGGACCUUAUCACCCUGAUGAAACUGGAUGAUCCUUCACUCUUGGACAAUAGAGUGACCUUGCUUCAUGUACCUGCAGGUACUGUGGUGUCAAAACAAGGGGACCAGGAUGUCAACCUCCAGUUUGUGAUCUCUGGGAUGCUACAUGUAUAUCAGCAGAAGAUUGACAGUGAAGAAAAUAAAUUCCUAUUUAUCACCCAUCCUGGGGAGUUGGUAGGCCAGCUGUCUGUACUUACAGGGGAGCCACUUAUCUUUACCAUCAAGGCCAACAAAGAAUGUUCCUUCCUCUCCAUCUCCAAGUCUAAUUUCUAUGAGAUUAUGCGCAAGCAACCAAAUGUUGUCCUGGCUGUUGCUCACACAUUUGUAAAGAGAAUGUCUUCAUUUGUGAGGCAGAUAGACUUUGCCCUGGACUGGAUGGAGGUAGAAGCUGGACGUGCAAUUUACAGGCAAGGUGAUAAAUCUGACUGCACAUAUAUUGUACUCAAUGGCCGUCUACGCUCUGUGAUCAGCAAAGAUGAUGGAAAAAAACACCUGGCUGGUGAAUAUGGACGAGGAGAUCUCAUUGGUGUGGUGGAGACACUAACCUACCAGCCCAGAGCUACAACAGUACAUGCUGUUCGUGAUUCAGAAUUGGCCAAGUUACCAGCAGGAGCAUUGACUUCCAUCAAGCGCAAAUAUCCACAGGUUGUGACUAGGCUGAUCCAUUUGCUUGGGAAGAAGAUCCUUGGCAAUCUUCAGCAGGGAGCUGUAUCAGGUCACCAGCUUGGACUGUAUUACUCAGGCAACAAGUGGGAUUCUGGGAAUCCAUCCAGCAACCUUUCAACCGUGGCUAUUCUGCCAGUAUCAGAAGAUGUGCCCCUCGUUACGUUUACUCUGGAACUCAAUCAUGCCCUCAGUGGGAUUGGCCCAGUCUUGCUAUUGAACAGUGACAACAUCAAACAGCGUCUUGGAGCUGCAGCUCUGGACAGUAUUCAUGAAUACAGAUUGUCCAGUUGGCUGGCACAACAGGAAGACAUCCACCGCAUUGUUCUCUACCAGGCAGACAGCACCUUGACUCCAUGGACCCAGCGCUGUAUUCGGCAGGCAGACUCUAUCCUGAUUGUGGGGUUGGGGGAGCAAGAGCCCACUGUAGGCGAGCUAGAAAAGAUGUUGGAGAACACAGCUGUUCGUGCUCAGAAGCAAUUGGUCCUACUUCACAAGGAAGAUGGGCCAGAGCCUUCCCGCACAGUUGAGUGGCUUAACAUGAGAAGCUGGUGUUCAGGCCACUUGCACCUUCGCUGCCCCCGCCGGGUCUUUUCUCGCAGGACCCGGACCAAACUGGUCGAAAUGUAUGAACGUGUUUUCCAGAAGCCUCCGGACUUGCACUCUGACUUUUCCCGCCUGGCUCGAGUUUUGACUGGCAAUGCUAUUGCAUUAGUGCUUGGAGGAGGAGGAGCAAGAGGCUGCUCCCAAGUUGGUAUCAUCCAGGCCCUGAUGGAGGCAGGCAUUCCUGUGGAUAUGACAGGAGGAACUUCAAUUGGAUCCUUCAUGGGGGCUCUUUUUGCUGAGGAGCGAAACUACAGCCAGACAAGGAUUCGGGCUCGCCAGUGGGCCUUGGAUAUGACUUCAGUGAUGAAGACAGUACUCGACCUGACUUACCCAAUCACUUCCAUGUUCUCUGGAGCAGCUUUCAAUAAUGGCAUCAGAAAAGUCUUCAGAGACAAACAGAUUGAGGAUCUCUGGAUACCCUAUUUUGCUAUCACAACAGAUAUCACCGCCUCUACAAUGAGGGUCCACACAGAUGGCUGCCUGUGGAGGUAUGUCCGAGCCAGUAUGUCUCUGUCUGGUUACAUGCCCCCGCUGUGUGACCCCAAAGAUGGACACCUACUGAUGGAUGGUGGCUAUAUCAAUAACCUCCCAGCUGACAUGGCCAGAUCUAUGGGCGCCAAAGUGGUGAUUGCCAUUGACGUGGGCAGCAAGGACGAAAGGGACCUCACCAACUAUGGUGACUCGCUGUCUGGCUGGUGGCUGCUGUGGAAACGCUGGAAUCCCCUGGCUACAGAAGUGAAGGUGCUGAACAUGGCAGAGAUCCAGACACGGUUGGCCUAUGUGUGCUGUGUCAGGCAGCUGGAGAUGGUGAAGAGCAGUGAUUAUUGUGAAUAUAUCCGACCACCCAUUGACCGCUAUGGUACCCUGGACUUUGGCAGAUUUGAUGAAAUCUGUGAGGUGGGUUACCAUCAUGGACGGACUGUGUUUGACAUCUGGACCCGGACUGGUGUGAUACAAAAGAUGCUGAAGGACCGACAGGAAACUCGCAAAAUGAAAGCCACAGAUGUGCUCACUUGCCCCAGUGCCUCCUUCACUGACCUGGCAGAGAUUGUGUCAUGCAUUGAGCCAGCCAGAUCCGCUGCGGUUGAUGAUGAAUCUGACUACCAGACUGAGUAUGAAGAGGAGAUCCUAGACUUCCCUAGGGAUGAAUAUGUCAACUUCAAGAGCACUGCAAGACAAAAUGUUCACAGGGAUGUUGUGCAUGAAGAGAACUCAGACUCAGAAGAAGAGGCCUUGAUCCAGAAAUACAACCGGUCCUCCAAGAUGAGCUCCCAUCGCUUAUCCAGUUCCUUUUCUACCCUCUCAGACAUAGAUUCCUAAGAGCCCUACUCCCCUACAAGGGGCCAUGAGGCUUAUCUGUUGGGAGGGUGAGACCUUGAUGUUUGGUGCUGCUGGAGUGAAGCCACUGUCACUUCUCCUGAAGCCAUCUUGGGCAUCUGUGGGAGGGAUGGACACAUUUGACCUCUUCCUGUAUACCUCCCAACCAAAUCAUUGACCAGCUGUGUGAUGCUAUCCUCCAGGGUUGGGGGUGGGGUAGGGAAUGAGGGAAAGUGAGGAAGGGAAUGGAGGUCCAUGGGUUACUGUGGUUUUAUGUAGUUCUGACUGCCCUUGAAGUGCUUCUUCAUUGAUCCUCUUAGAGAAGCCACACAGGAACAUUGAUCUAGGGAGAAAACUUCGGAAACCUUGGAGUCUGGGGUUAGGCAGGGUUUAAAGCGAUUAGAAGACUUCAAACAAUUCUUUGCCUUUAGUGUUCAGGUCACUGUGGGAGAAAAGUUCCUGGGUGAAGGAGUACAGGAGAUUCUCAGACAGGUCGAUUGCUUCUAUCAAGGGUCUUCCUCUAGGAGAGCCAUUAGGUGGUGUGGCUGCCUUCACUUACCCUCAAGUGCUUGUUGUGGUCUGGGUCACCCACCUAGACUAAGCCAGGGUGAGGCUCAGGACCCUGGUGAGAGAGAACUGCGCCAUUUAAGACUUAUUCCAUCUUCCCAUUCUGAUCCUCUCCUCGUGGGAUUGGGAUAAGAUACAGGUACAGUGACCAAGCCAGAUUCUCCACUUCUCCCUUCUAGGACUAAGUAUCCAAUGUAUUUAUUCUGUUUUCAUGUCCUUGAUCAACCACAAAAGAACAACCCAAAAAGGAUGAGCCAAAGGACUAGGACUGGGCCCUGAAAGCCAGUCCUUCAUUCAAGAGGCAUCUAGGAUUACCCCCAACCCUAAGGCCCAGGACAAGCCUCUAAAAAAUAUAGAAAGUUGGAAGAUACCAUCAGAAUGACAGAUUCUACUUUAUGCUCACUUCCCAGGGUCCUAGCUCCCAAUCCUCAAUCUGUGGCCUCUGAAAGGUCUCUGGGGAAGAGAUUCCUCUGUCCCAGCUCAAAAUGAGAAGCAACCUUUUUCCUCUCAGAGGUGGACAAGUUUGAGGCUGGGGAUGGAAGGAUGUAGGAAACUGAAAAGGCAGCAUACAAUAUUGUUUAUAAAUAAAUAUAUAUGUAACAUUCA